GACGGCUACGCAAUGCAGCAGCGUUUCAAAUUCAAUAAAAGUAGUUGGUUAAGGUGGUGUGAUCCAGUUGUAAUUGAUUACAGAACUAUACCAGUGUUUUACAAAAAUGAUUUUAGUUGAUAUUUAUGAUAUGAUGAGUUGGUGGACAUUCCUCAUUGCACUUCAAGUUAUUCUUGUCUCAACUUACUUCUUAUGGACGAAAAAAACUAAAAAAUAUAAGGAUCCACUUAUGACUGAGGAGCGCAUAGAAUGGAAUCCAAUACCUCUGGUACCUUACGAAGUUGAGUGUGAAGAGCCACCAUUGAUGGGCAAAAUAGAUGAAAACGUACUUAAUGUCGGUGCGACUAGUUUCCUAUGCCUUGAAAAAGAGGAAAUAAUCCUUGAAAAUGCUAUAAAUUGCCUUCACAAAUAUGGAGUGGGCUCAUGUGGUCCUCGAGGCUUCUAUGGCACCAUAGAUGUGCAUUUAGAGCUUGAGGAACGUUUGGCUAAGUUUCUAGAAGUAGAGGAGACUUGUGUAUAUUCAUAUGGAUUUUCUACAAUAGCCAGUGCAAUACCUGCAUACUCCAAAAAGGGUGACAUCAUAUUUGCUGACGAAGCAGUAUGGUUCGCUAUACAAAAAGGUAUCGAAGCUUCUCGAAGCACUGUCCGUUACUUUAAACACAACGAUGCCAGCGACCUUGAACGUAUGCUGUCGGAAGCCGCACAGAAGAAGGAAUUGAACCCGAAGAGACGCGCCUUCCUCGUGGUAGAGGCUAUAUACUUCAAUACUGGCGAAAUGUGUCCAUUGAAACAAGUGGUAGAACUAGCCAGAAGAUUCAAAUUGAGGAUUAUCUUGGAUGAAAGUUUAACUAUUGGGGUAUUAGGUAAACACGGUCGUGGCAUUACGGAGCACCUGAAGAUACCACGGGACGAGAUUGAUCUGAUUGUGGGCUCGCUGGAGCACUCGUUCGCGACCAUCGGGGGCUUUUGCGCCGGCACGCAUUUCAUUGUAGAACAUCAGCGGCUCUCCGGACUUGGUUACUGCUUCAGCGCUUCCUUACCGCCUAUGUUGACGCAAGCCGCCAUCACUGCACUAGACAUAUUGGAAGAGAAGCCAGACAUACUCAAAGAACUAGAUGAAAAUUCCAAGAAACUUAACAAGGCACUGGCUGAAUUGAAACAUUUCACAUUCCGAGGUAACGAACUUUCACCGGUAAAACACAUUUACCUCAAAAAUGCGGACAUAACAGAUAACAGUAUGAAACAAUCAUAUUUAAGGAAGAUUGCAAAUUACUGUAUGGAAAAAGGCGUCGCUUUCGCGGUGGCGGCGUAUUUACGAGACGCGGAGAUCAAAUGUCCAGAACCUUCCAUAAGAUUGGCUUCCAGUAGGAAAUUGAACGACACAAAUAUCUCUAUGAUAUGCAAUUUGUUAGACGAAGCUUACGAAAGCGUUACUUCAAACCUCAAAUUACAAUCAUCUUAGAUUCCAAUUGUCUAUGGUGUUCAAAAUGUCACAAUUCCCGCCAAAAUCAUUACCGACAAUAUCAAAUUGUCUAUGGUGCAUUUAAAACGUGUCACAAUCCCGCCAAAGUUAUUUUGUCAUUUGUUCGUAUAUUAUAUAGUUUAAGAAUGUUAAUUUAAUACUGUUUUUUUAUAUCAUGCUUAUCGAAUCCAUGGGUAUUAUUUGAUCGCAU